AUGGGCUGUAAUAUUUCAAAGCUUGAAAGACUCCCAGCAGUGUCUUUGUGCCGUGACCGUUCUACAUUGAUAGAUGAAUCACUCCAUCAAAGCUAUGCUCUUGCGGAUGCACAUGUCGCACACAUGGAAUCCCUCCGAACACUUGGCCCAGCUCUCCUCACUUUCUUCCAUGAUUAUGGCGAAAACAAUGCUUCCCUCUCGAAAAUAUCAUCUCCAUUGAGUUCACUUUUUUCUUCUGAUUCUGAAUCAGAAACAGAUGAAUUAGAAAGAGAAUCACAAUUAUGCACUCACCAUAACACCGUGACUUUCAUGAACUACAUAAAACCUAUUUAUGAUUCCUAUUCUCCACCUCCUCCGAGUAACUCUGCUUGGGAUUUCUUAAACUUCUUUGAACCUUAUGACAAGUAUCAAGUGCCUUUCUAUAACGGUUACAAUGAUACUGACAUAACGAUUGAGAAAAGUGAGUGUUUUAAAUCCAAAGGUGGAGGAGAUAAAGCUAUUAUUAAGCGAGAAAAACAUAAGGAAACCAAAUUGAAAGAGGAGUUAGAAGAAUGUAACGACUUUUCUAAAGGGAUUUCUGAAGCUGUGAAAGAGAUUCAGAUUCUAUUUGAGAGAGCUUCCAAUUCGGGGAACAAUAUUUACGACAUGCUAGACGUUGGAAAACUCCGUUACCAUUCAAAAACUGAACGCGGUAUAGUGUCGUGGAAGAUUAUGCAACUGAUGAAUAAAUGUAUGGAGGGUUCAUUGCUUGGAGUUUGUGAACAAGACAAGGGCCUUAGCCAUGGAAAUCUAUGCUCCUCUUUGAGUAAACUGUGUAUGUGGGAGAAGAAGCUUUAUCAUGAAGUGAAGGCUGAGGAAAAAAUGCGCACACUUCAUGAAAAGAAGUAUAAGCAGUUGAAAUAUAUGAUUGAAAAGGAAGCAGAGGCACAGAAAAUUGAUUCUGUCGAAGCUUUCAUCGAUAUUUUAGUUAGGAACAUGAAAAUUUCUAUGCAAGUAGUUGACAAGAUAUCUAUUACUAUCACUAAGUUGACAGAAGAAGAGCUAUGGCCACAAAUCAACAUGUUUAUUCUCAUGUUUCUGAGAAUGUGGAAAGAUAUGCAACAAUGUUACAAACUUCAGUGUAAAAAAAUCGUUGAAACAAAAGCUUUAGAUGUCUCCGCAUUCAACAGAAAACCUUGCAAUGCUAAUAUUGAAGUAGCUAUACAGCUCAAAUCUGAGUUUCAGAAAUGGAUUUUAACCUUCUUAGAUUGGACUAAAGCUCAGAAGUCUCUUGUGAAAGCUCUGAAUGAUUGGUUAGUAAGAUGUCUAAUGUAUAAACCUGAAGAAUUACUUGAUGAUUCAAUUCCAGUUGAUGCACCACAUGUGUUUGUGAAAUGUAACAAGUGGUCAAGGGCAAUGGAUAAUAUCUCAGAAAAGAAUGUUAUUCAAGCUAUGAAUGGAUUCAUACUCAGAGUAAAUGAACCAUUGGAAAAGCAUAUUUUGAAGCUUCAGAAGAAUUCAACAUUGGACAAGGAAUUAGAGAGAAAAGUGAAAGUUGUGGAGAGGCAAGGGCAAAAGAUGAAGAGAAAAGUGAAAUUUAUAGACAGGCAAGAGCAAAAGAAAAAGAUGAUUUCAAUUGCAAAAGCACUUAAAGAAGAGACCAAUGUUAUGUUGCAAGGAGAUGUUGUGAAUAAUAAUGAUGAUAUAGUUGAUUCUACCGGGUUGCAAUCAAGUUUGAAACAGAUCUUUGUUGCGAUGGAGAAGUUCAGUGCAACAAAUGUUAACUUAUAUGAAGAACUUUGGCAACAAAUUAAGCAAGAUGAUCAUGUUUUAGGAGAAUCCAACAAAAAUCACUAG